AUGGGAGGAAACUGUAGUGACCCCAAGAACCAGGGGCCGGAUUUACUCAGCUCUCGCAACGGCUCCAACGACCAAUCAUUCCUGGAACCCAAAACUGGACUUACAGUCGAAGCUGAAGCCUACCUUUGCAUCAGGUCAAGUUCUACUGAAUAUCCACAUCCUAUAUUUAAGGCCAUUUCCGUCUACAAAAUGAAGUUCUUGGCCACUGCUGUCAUCUUGUGCCUCGCUGUGCUGUACACUCAGGCUUUACCAGCCGAAAUGCCAUCUUCACCACUGCUGCUGAGUCGGGUGGCCAGGUCACCUCAGUUCCCUCCCCGAGACUGUGUCCCGUGCAAUUGUAAAACCAAGAUCACUCACAUUACCAUAAUCGAACAUGAAGUAAGGCCAGCAGCCACAAGGUUCGGCGGCAGCCCCCCGUGCUGCCCAUGCCCUCCACCUCCCUUCUGAUGCCGCUGCUUCUCAUGGACCGAUGACGUCAAUCUUCUCAAUAUGCUCUAGACGGAAAAUCAUAAAAAUCAAGUAAAAAACACUAAACAAACUAAAUGGUAUAUUAUUAUUGAAUGUAUUCAUAUGCAAAUAAAAUUGGUAUAAC